CUGGAUUUCCAAUUGAGCUAUGUGUCUGUAUCCUGUUGUGCAUGUUGCAAUAACUAUCUGGUAAUGUCGUAAGGAAAGCAUCGAGAUGUAGUAAUAAGAACGAUUCCACAUGAAACAUAUCUUUAGCCCAACCGAGGCUGUUUUCAUUUGCCUUGAGAGUUAUGGCCAUCCUAAUGGUGGCCCAUCUUUUCCACGUGGAGCUGACUGAGUCUAUUUCAAACAUUACUUUAGACGUUUUCGCACUCAACCCCUUCCCAAGACAUUCCGCGACACACACCAUACUGAGCGGCACAGACAUUCCUGUCACAAUCAACUCAUCAUGGCAACCGAUACCGUUUUUGAAUCUAUGACCGGGGAUGUUGAUAACAUUCCCAGAAAAAUGCCGGAAUUACACUGGCAACAUCCAUACAAGCAAGGGUUUGCAACAGUGGCUCAGGGUCGAAGCCAGGAACCGGUCAACUUGUAUUACGAAAUGCACGGCAACGGCCCUAGAAAGGUGCUUUUCAUAAUGGGCUUGAAUACACCAUGCCAAGCGUGGGAUUAUCAAACCAGUGAACUGGCUCCAACUGGCGAGAGUACUAUCGUUACAUUUGAUGCUCGUGGUGUAGGAUGGACAGACGGUAGCUGGGAUUCUUACAACACCACGGAGUGGGCCAAAGAUGUGCUAGAGUUGUUGGACCAUUUGGGAUGGGCAUCCGAGGUGCACGCAGUUGGCUAUUCUGCAGGUGGACAAGUGCUACAACAGAUGCUGUUACUGUCACCGCAACGAUUUAAAUCGAUCGCACUUGUUUCAACCACGGCCGGUGGUACUCGACCCUUUACCGGCGCAUACACAUUGAUCAGCAAUUUGUUCGUGUCCGAUCCGCACGAACAGCUUCGUCGCCUUAUGAAAAUCAAUUAUACCAAAUCUUGGUUGGAUCAGCGACCGGACGAUGACAGCAGCGUCGAUACCAAUUUUGAAAAGGUCUUCAAGAAACAACUUGAACGAAAUACACGAAAUCGACCGCAGCAGGUCGGCGGCAUGGUCAGCCAAGCCAUUGCCUCGAUGAGACAUUGGGUCACUGCUUCCGAUCUGGCUAAAAUUCGAUCGUACGGAAUUCCCACUUUGGUUGCAACAAAUACUUGGGACAACUUUGUACACACUUCCCAUAGCUUUUAUCUUCGAGACCACCUGCAGCCGGAUGUGUUCAUGGUGUUUGAAGAUACCGGUCAUGUCAUUCCUACUGCCAAAUACAAAGAGUUCAAUAGCGCGCUCGUGCAACUUUGGACCAAAGCAGAUUCAUCUAGCAAUGAUCAAUAAAACAUGGCAUAGAACUCAAUGAUGCUUAUCCAUUGUAGCACACUGUAACAUCAUCUCCCGCACCCAACC